AUCUUGCUGUACGUGUGAACGGAUCGGAGCGUCGAUCCGCAGCGUGCUCUGUAGCGAGAUAUCCGUCUAACGGCCACCGAUCCACCGACCGUAUUACGGCCACCAUCUUACGGUAAUCGUGCGCUGCGUGCGUGUGCGCGAAACCAGUGACCAGCCAGUGUGUGCAACCUGUCCGAGCUCGCUCGCCCCCCGCAGCGGGCAUACUUAUCCACCCGUUACCGAGCCGAUUCGCGCGGCCGACCGCCACCACCACACCAUCUAACGGGUUCUGGGGCUGAGGAAUUCUGGGUUGCCCUAGUAAAAAAGCGCCUUUGCCGCGGACAGCAGAAUUCAGCCUCCGGCAGAGUCCAGCACAGUUCGGGUGUAUGUGUUUGUGUGUGCGUUCAGUGUGAUUUCGAAGGAACUGCUGGCACCCGAAGCGUGAAGAAAACCUGUACGGUCGUGUCUGUGUUCGUGUGUGUGCGUGGUUAUUUCAAAUGCAUGUGUGACAAGCUAGGCGAGUGCCGCUAAACCCCGUGCCCCACACACCCACACCCACGCUUCCCUAAUCAUGACGCCAACGAUUGACGCGCGUCUGCUGCUACUGCUCGCGUGCGCCCUAGCUUCCGUUUCGUGUGCGUGGCGCCCGUGCACCGACCUGGACGCGCUGCUCAAAAUACCGUGCCGAUGCAACAUUGAGACGGCUGGGAACAACAGCCAGUAUGUUUUCGUGAACGUGAACUGCGACCGGACGACGCUGACAGCCCCGUUUCCGAGCGGCAUUCCGAUCAUCUCCUUCUCGCAGCGCAACAGCGGCCACCAAGCGUUGCCGGAUCUUUCCAUCCUGAAUGCCCCGGUACGGAAGCUCGAUUUUUCCAACAAUGCGCUCCGUUCAAUCGGCACCAAAGCCCUGUUCGGUAGCGUGGCCGAAUACCUAACAGAGCUGCGCCUGGCCAACAAUCUGCUCGGCGACAGCUUGAACCCGAUCUUCUCCACCGACGUGCUGCAGGCGCUCCAGUCGCUCAAGGUGCUGGAUCUGUCCGGCAACCGGAUCAUUGCGCUGGAGGAAAGCAUCUUCGACGGCAAUCGGCGGCUGGUGGAGCUGUACCUCGACCAGAACAAGAUCGCCACCGUACCGGUGGCCGCCGUCAAAGAGCUGACCAGCCUGAAGCUGCUGUCGCUGCGCAGCAACCGCAUCGAGUCGCUCGAGCCGGAUGCGUUCAAUUUCGCCAACAAGCUGGAACGGUUGGAUCUGCGCAACAAUCGCAUCCGCAGCCUGAAGUCCAAGGCGUUUGCCAAUCUGGCCAGCAUGAAGGAGGUGCUGCUGGCGGGCAAUCAGCUCAGCCACAUCGACGAGCGAGCGCUCGCCGGGAUGGAUGUGCUGCAGAAGCUGGACCUGUCGGACAACCUGCUGUCCGAGUUCCCGUCGGAGGCGCUCGGGUCGGUAGUGUCGCUGAAGGUGCUGAACAUAUCGCUGAACAACAUUGGCAAGCUGGAGUCGAACCAUCUGGCGCAGAUGAAGAGCCUGCAGAUACUGGACAUUAGCCGGAACACGAUCGCCACCAUCCUGCCGGGCACGUUCCGGGAGCAGCUGCUGCUCAAGUACUUGGAUUUGAGUUUGAAUUCUUUGCGCACGAUCGAGGACGACGCGUUCGAAGGGUUGGACAAUCUGCAGACGCUCAUUCUGCGCGACAACAACAUCCUCUUCAUCCCGGGCAGUGCGCUUGGUCGGCUGCCGAAGCUGUCCAACCUCUAUCUCGACUUUAACCGGGUCGCCGCCCUGUCCUCCAGCAUACUGAAGUCGAUCCAGCCGGAAAACAUCCGCUACCUGUCGCUGUCGCGCAACGUCAUCCGCGAGCUGCCGGGUGACAGCUUUGCCGCGUUCCGCAAGCUGAUCUAUCUGGACAUUUCCGGCAACAGCCUCGGCGUGAUCGGCGAGGACACGUUCAAGGGGCUCGAAGGAACGCUGCUCGAGAUCAAGCUGUCGUUCAACAGGAUCGCCUCGCUGCGCAAGUUCGUGCUGCCGAAGCUGCGCCGGCUCGAUCUCAGCGCGAACAGCAUCGACGAUCUGGCGAUCGACUCGUUCCACAGCCUGCACAACCUGCUCUACCUGAACAUGAGCGGCAACGAGCACGUCGGGCAGGUGACGCGCACCAUGAUCUACCCGCUGACGAAGCUGCAGGUGAUCGAUCUGAGCCACUGCGGGCUGAAGAUGCUGCAGGCGGACCUGUUCCACAACAACACCGACCUGCGCAUCGCGUUGCUCAACCACAACCAGCUGCGGGUGAUCGAGGAGGGCACGUUUCUCAACCUGAAUAACCUGUUCGAUCUGUCGCUCGCCGGCAACGGGCUGGAGCAGCUGCGGCCCCGCUCCUUCGUCAACACGGUCAACCUGCGCACGCUCAACCUGCGCCAGAACGCGCUGCAGGAGCUGCGCGCCGACAUGUUCACGACCGAGACGGCGCUCGAGGUGCUGGACGCGUCCGACAAUGCGCUCAAGAGUUUCGCCACCAACACGCUCAAGAUACAUCCGCGGCUGCGCAAGGUGCUGCUCGCGAACAACCGGCUGGAGGUGUUCCCGCCCGAGCUGAUCGCCGAUCUCGACCAUCUCGAGGUGAUCGAUCUGGCCGGCAAUCGGCUCACCACCAUCCAGCAGCUCGACUUUGGCCGGCUGGCGAACCUGCGCGAGCUGUAUCUGCGCGCGAACGCGAUCGACUCGGUGCAGGACAUGGCGUUCCACAACUCGUCCCAGCUGCAGAUACUCGACCUGGCCGCAAACAGGCUCGAGCGCCUGUCGGAGCGCUCGUUCGAGGGGACGCUGCGGCUCGAUCGGCUCGAUCUGAGCGACAACAAGCUGACCGGCCUGCCGGAGCAGGUGCUGGCGAAGAGCCGGGUCCAGCGGCUCGAGCGCGUCUCGCUCGCCGGCAACAAGCUGGCCAGCGUGCCGGUGGCCGCGUUCGGCGACCAGCACGACACGCUGCAAACGCUCGACCUGAGCCGCAACGCGAUCCGCGAGGUGCCCCGGGCCAGCCACAUGCUCAUGAUCAACGCCAAGCACGUCGACUUCUCGUACAACCCGCUCACGCCGGAAGCGAUCGCCACCGUGCUCGGGCAGCCGAAGACCGUGCGCACGCUCAACCUGGCCGGGACGGGCGUGCGGGAGCUGCCGAUGCUGGAGACGCCGUACCUGCGCAGCCUGAACCUGUCGCACAACAACAUCUCCGCCGUUAGCGCGAAAGCGUUCGAAAAGGUGACGCUGCUCGAGCGGCUCGACCUGUCGCACAACGCGAUCGGCGACGCGGACGGGCUGCGCGACAUCUGGCCGAAGCUGGCGCUGCUCGGCUACCUCGACCUGUCCAGCAAUCCGAUCCGCACGAUCACGGCCAGCACGUUCGAGCGGCUGGACGGGCUGACGGAGCUGUACAUCCGCGAGCUGCCCGAGCUGACCCGGCUCGAGAAGAACGCGUUCAAACCGCUGAAGGACCUGACCGUCCUGCAAGCGUACCAGUUCGCCAAGCUCGGGUACAUCGACGUGCAGGGCAUCGUGCAGGAGCUGCCGGCGCUGGCCGCGGUCGACAUCGAGGCGAAGGACGCCAACCUCGAGUCGGACCAGCUGCAGGUCCUGCACCAUCCGAAGCUGCACACGCUCGGCCUGCACGGGUACGCACUGCAGAGCCUGUCGUCCGGUGCGUUUGCCGGUUUGCGCAACAAGUACCUGACGGUGCGGCUGCACAACACCUCGCUGACGGCGCUGCCGCCCGCCCUGCUGCUGCCGCUGCCCCGCUCCGCUCACAUCGACUUUAGCAUUGCCGGGUCGAAGGUGGGCACGCUGACGCAACCGUUCCUGAGCUCGCUGGACGACCGCAAGAACAGCAUCCAGAUCGAUGGGCUGGCGACGAACCCGGUCCGGUGCGACUGCCAGGCGCGCGCCUUCCGCCGGUGGAUUCUCGCGACCAAGGUGCAGGACGUGCGGUGCGCCAGCCCGCCGACCGUCGCCGGCAAGCUGCUGACGGAGGUGGGCGACAGCGAGCUGGUGUGUGACGGCCGCAGCAAGGCGACGAGCCCCACCCAGCCGGCGGCUUCGAGCACGGGCGGCAGCACGCGAACGACGCCCACGAUUAGCUUCUACAACUACACGUCCGAGGUGCAGAUGACGAACGCGGCCGCCACGACCGAGCACGACAUCAUCUGGAGCAUGCCGCCGGUGUCCUCCUCCUCGACGACCACGCGCACCAAGGGUUCCAAAUCGAAGGUUUCGUCGGCCGCCAUGCCGCCGCUGAAGAAGAUGCCGUCCGCGAACGACGAUACGCUCAUCAUCGGCAUCGUGGGCGGGGUGGUGGUGUUUAUCUUUCUGCUCAUCAUCUGCAUCUGCAUCUGCCGGUUGAAGAUGAACAACGACAGCUACCACCAUCAUCAUGCGCGCGCCGGCCACCCGAUGCCGAUGGGCAUGCCGGGCACGCUGCAGGUCAACUACACCGGCAAGAAGGGCCAGCCGGCGGCCAUGUAUCCCACGCUGGCGCCACCGUACGCCCAGAGCUACGCCACGCUGCCCUACAAACCGAACGGGUCGCCGACGCAGGCCCGCCCCAGCUACUCGACCAUCGGCCGAAUACCGUACCAGUAUCAGAACCACACGCUCAUGUCCAGCCAGGCGGCGCUGCACCAUCAGCAGCAGCAGCAGCAGCACGCGCAGCAACACGCGCAGCAGCAAUCUUCCGGCACGCUCACCCACACCGCCCACAAUCCCUACAUCGUGUACCAGGACGAUAAGGUUUACCGAUGAUCGGUGCGGCGAUGGAGAGGACGAACGACGUCGCAUUGCCCGGGACGAACGUUCUCCGCUCAUCCCGAAACCAACUCUACCAAUGAGUUUCAGCAAGCCUGCGUGUGUGUGUGAAUGAUGAAUGGAUGUUAAGAUUUGGAAUGAAAGCGAACGGAACUUAUGCUUAUGCAUGAGCGAGAGUGUGUGCGUGUACGAGAAUGUGUGUAAUUUUAAUGAUUACUGCAACGGUUUUUUUUUUGUUCAUGUUUUGCCCUCACAGGCCUCACUACCGAUGGGGCUACUCGUUUAGUGCGUAAGAACCUAUAAUUUCUUUCCGUACGUCAUUUCUUUCCUUAAAUGCUAUCCUUUUUCCCUACCUAUUGUACCUCACUUGCGCUGUACGAUUCGGUAUUGGUUCAGCAAUUUUCAUCUAAUUUUUAGUUUCAACUUUCUUUGCUGUUCCCAUUGCGUUACGGGUCGUUACACCCUGAUACGUAUCCCUGUUCUAGGUAACAACCAUACAAUGCUCAAUAUAAUUUUACUCCAUAGUGAACAUAUUUAAUGAACGUUUUCCAUCUUCUGGUGCUGCCAAUCGCGUAGGGUAAAUGGCUGCACUGGCCCGCUACAGACAGUGAGGCGGUAUGAAACAGUAAAGACGGCGGGCUUUGUAAGUAAAACGUAAAUCUGCGUAAUAAAUCCAAUAGUACUAAUGACAA